AGUAAAUUUAAAUGUCAUGCUAUAUCGAUCCUAAACGGCCACAAGGAUGCCACUGGUUGUGAAUGGCUUCGAACUGAGAGAUCCUCUGCCUGAUGCUCACACAUUCCUUAACACUUACCAGUCUGUCAGGGAUGAAGCGCUCAUGCUGUGCACACAGCCAGUGAAGAUUGUAGGUCCUAUUGGACUUCUGUAUGUAAACCAAAGGGAAUGGGCAGCAACCACGCCACACGACAAGAAAGUUACGAUACUUGGAACAGACGAUGCAACGACAUGUCAGAUACUUAUACUUCGUGACACAGCAUCCGGUGCAGUGUGCAUGGCCCACAUCGAUGGCUGCGGAGUAGAGGAAGCAGUGUUUAACAUCUGUUGCAGAAUACAGGAACUGUCAUCAAGUCAGAUGGAUGUCAGGUACGAACUGCACAUUGUUGGAGGAUUUUGUGAUGCAGGAGGCUACUCAGAACAGCUCAUUAUGUCGUUAUUAAAUGCCUUUCAGAAGCAGCACAUACAUGUUCACUUGGUAACCCUUUGUGUAUGUGAAUUGAAUGAUAUCCUCAGAGGAAAUAUACAUUGGCCUAUAAUAUAUGGCAUAGGAAUAAAUGUUAAAACGGGCGAGAUCUUUCCUGCAUCCUUUCCAGACCGGGGUCCUGAUAUUGCUCUACGCUCUGCGCGUCUGUUUGCAGGGACUCAUCAGGUGCUAGAUAUCUAUGACUGUGCUAUGAAUCUGCUGAAAGUAGGACCAUUUACGUAUGAUCCCAUGAGAGGUGUUGACCUAUGGUUAUCUCAAGGGGAUGACUUCAUCCGACAGCACCUUUCCACGUCGCCGGAGGUGGAGCCUCCACACUUUGCAGCUCAAGUGCGCGCCUCACUAAAGCACAUCCAGCAGCAUCCGUAUCCAGACGUGACGAUAUUCCCCGACAACAAGGCGCGGCUCUACCGCAAGGACGACAGCGGCCAGUGGAUACGGAUUCGGAGCCACUACGUCUUAGCCAUGAGG